GUGCACACGCGCGUUCCCGAGAGCUACAGAGGGGGAGAGAGUCGCUGCCAUUGAUGCUCGGCUCUGGUAGCUCAGGGUGGACCGUUAUUGUCACAUUGCGCUAAGCCGGUGCACUGCGAUUUACGGCCAAAACUAAAGUGAAGGAAGUCAAACAUCCAGCCGCAAUGGGGAAGGUGGAAGGAGGAAUGAAGUGCGUUAAAUAUCUACUGUUCGUGUUCAACUUUAUCUUCUGGAUUAUGGGGUCUUUCGUCCUGGCAGUGGGGCUGUGGCUGCGCUUUGACCCAGAAACUGUGUCACUGCUGAACGGAGACAGGGCUCCAGACACAUUCUUUAUCGGUGUGUACAUCCUGAUUGGUGCUGGCAGUCUGGUGAUGUUGGUGGGUUUCUUCGGUUGCUGUGGAGCUGUUCGGGAGUCUCAGUGUCUGCUUGGCUCUUUUUUUGCCUGUUUGCUCAUUAUCUUCGGAGCCGAGGUGGCUGCUGGAGUCUUUGGGUUCCUCAACAAAGACAAAAUUAUAGAAGAUGUUCAAAGUUAUUACAGAUCAAUUUACAAUGAAAGCAGCAACGGUACAUUGAUCAGCUCCUAUCAGAAUAUACUAAACUGUUGUGGAACCAAAGCUAAUCCCUGCCCUGAUCAAGAACAAGAUAGAAAGGACUGUGAGACAGGAAUCAAAGACUUCUUCAACAGUAAACUGUACAUAAUCGGAUAUGUAGGCAUUGGCAUCGCUGGAGUCAUGAUAAUUGGGAUGAUCUUCAGUAUGGUCCUCUGCUGUGCCAUUCGUAACACCAGAGAGGUCAUCUGAGGACACUGGACCAUUCCUUCAUUCCCAAAAGACAUUGUUUAAAACUUACUUAAUGACCAUAGGGACUCAAAAAUAAACUCUGAAAAGAAGCCAGUUAAGUCAAAAAAUGAAAUUAUAAUUUUAGACUCAAAUGAUUUAUGUUUUUUGAAAUUUGUAAAAUAUUUGUAAAUUAUUUAUUUUCUGAAUUUUCAUUGUGCGCCAAUUCAUAACAAUAAACCUCUUAAUUUUCAGACUUUCUAAGAUUUAGUUACAGGACAUUUGAUAUAUGUACCAGAAGUACCGGUAGUUUUACUUGACAGUCCCCAGAGCCAAAAGUCUUGACAAUAACAUAAGUAACCCCUGUACUUCUCCUUGUUUUGUCCCUGUGAUGUGUAUAAAGUGUUUUUCCUCAUGGCCGUGUGGUUCCUGCCAAAAAACUGUGGGCCUCAUACUCCCACUCCCAGCAUAGUACCACUGCUGCGUCAGGCCCUUUUCACACCAUACUGACACUGACCCCUGGACUGUGGGAAACUCAAGCCCCCAGGAGGAAUCUGAGGUCAAAGGAGCUUAGUUUGCUGUAUCCACUGCAGACCGGGGUGUGUUGUGCUACCUGAGAAUCCAGUCUUAUACAUGUUUGUGUGUGUGUAUAUGUAUGUAUGAGUGUGGAUAUUCACUCAAUUCAUGGGGACUUGCCUUCCUUUUAGGGAUAAAAAUAAGGACCCCAUGAUGUAAAUCCAUCAUUAUUAGAUCACCAACAUUAUUUAAACUUAAAAUAUGUUAAGGUUAGGGUUUAGGCUAAAAUUAGUGAGUGAAACCCAACAUGAGUAGACAGCCAGUUUGUUGCUGUGUUGCCCAAAUAUUAGAUGUAAAAAAAAAUCUAUAAAAAUGCAUGUCAGCUGGCAAAAUUGUGUACACAUUUGCCAAGGUACUGAUUCAACCUCUCACAUUCACGCGCACGCAUACACACACACACAUACGUGCACACACACACGCAAAUUCACUUUAGCAAUUACAAGUAACUAGCUAUUUUAUUGGCUGUUAUAGCUCAUUAUAGACCUUUCCUGAGGUCCACUGGAACCACUGCACAUAUUUGAUUAUUUGCUGUGUUUUGUGCAAAAUGCUAUGAUACAGUUUGCAUAUGUUGGAGUCUUAUGUAAGACAGGUCUUCUUGACAAAUGGAAGAUGCAGAUCAUGUUGCCAUGUUUGCAAUCUAAACAUACACUGCAGGCCAAUCUGCAGCUAAGGAACGAGUUUUAUUUUGUGCCUUAAAAAUAAUUCUAACAACAAAACUAUGUUAAAUUGACCACUUUUGUUGUUCCACUAACUUAAGAGUCAGUAAUACAAUAUGCUGUAUAGAGACUGUGUGAUUUGUGUAGUUCUAUAUUGUUUGUUGUUUUAAGUAACUUGGAGUUGUACAGCUUUGUAGCAUCACAGAUUCACAUUUGGGAUAAUCUUUCUGUGUGCCUUUCUUUGAUAACACUUGUAAACAUAUCGGCAUUUGAACACAACAGAUAAUAGUUUAUACAACGAAUAGCAGUAAGUAGAGUCACGCACAUUGUAGAUAAACCUUGUUACCACUUCACCUUUUAUUAGUAACUGAAGGUUUUGUUGAUCAUAACAAAGGUACAUAACCAUUUCACUGUGUGUAUAUGAAGAGUAUUCUUUAGUUUUGUGUAGGUUUAUCUGACAUAGUGUACUGUACACAGCCAAGCUCUUUGAAGUUGUGUUAAUUUAUUUGUGAUACCAUUCCAAGGUGCUCAGGAUGAAAGUAGAUGUUUGGAAUUAAAUAACGUUUGUAAAACACAA